UGUAAUUUUAUUAGUGGUGUGAGAUAUUGCUUGCAGUUUUAUACGCUGAGUAUUAAUCAUACAGUGGAUGAAGAUCAACAAUUGAUAUUGCCGAUAUAAUAUUACAAUAAUUUUUAACUGUAUUCUAUUCGCAACUUCAUAGAAUAAAGUUCCUGGAACAUGGUGUCCAUUUUGUGAUCAGCCUUGUUGUGUGGCGCUUCUGUGUAAAAUGGGAGUACCAAUUCAUCAUUGGAUUCCUGAAGGAAAUGUUAUUAUAAUUCACUCUUAAAAGAGUGAUGGACUCAUAUAAUAUAUUUGGUGACGAUGGAAGCGGCAUGUUGGAAGGACUUACUGAUCUUGGAGGAUCAGAUACCUUUGCUAGUAACUCAUCAUCUGGAGUAGCUGGGGACAAUAAAGAUGCUACAGAUAAUAGUUACAGGCAACCUUACAACCAAGGCAAUGCUGCCCAAGAAGGCUCUAUACAAAAGUUGCCUCCAUUUGGAAGCACAAGUGGAGGUGGAAUAACAGGUGGUGCUCAGCCUGUACCAGCCCCGGGUGGUGGCCCAACAGCCCCUGAAUACCAUGACUAUGGAGCUUAUCCCCCUCGUCCUCGAAUGCCCCAGCCGCCUCAUGGCCCUCCACAUGCGCCACUCCAUCCUCCACAUCAUGUCCAUCCAUCACACUCAUACCCUGGCUACCAUCCAGGACCUGAUCCCAUGUAUGGCAUGCCUGAGCAACCAGUUAAAUUUUCAGGACUUGGAGAUAUGGGCGGUUGGCCUGGAGCUCCAGCAGCUAAUAGAUAUUCACCUAUCACACCAGGCUACCGUCAUUCCUAUGAACAUCAACAGAAGAUGCACCAGUACCCACCACAACAGGGACCUGGUAUAGGAGGAAUACAAGCCCAAAAUGGUGCUUAUUUACCCAGACAACCACAUUUUUCUCAACCAACAUCUCAACAAUUAUAUGGGCAGCAGCAGAACUACCCCAAUUACACACAGAUGCACCCACCAAGUGCAUCUAGGAUCAAUCAGCAUCCCACUUAUCAUCAACAAAUGGAUGUAAGUCCUCAUCAAUAUGGAUUGUCACAUGGGCAGCAGAGUCAUGGUGCUAUGCCUCAACAUCAGUCGCAUCAAAACAUGGCCUCUCAUGGAGGAGGGAUUGGGUCAGGGAUUCAAGGGCAUCCAAGUGUUCAUUUGCACCACGCUGGAGCCCCACCUGUGCACCACUUGCCGCGACAGCCGCCGGUGCCGCCAUCAUCAGUUACUCCUUCACAUCCAGUUCCGUCACAAAUGCCUUACGCGUCGCCACAUCACUCUGUUUCCAUGAAUUAUCAAUCUCAUCAAGUUCAACAUCCCCUUGACGUAAACGUAACAAAUCAGUAUGGUCCAGUAAAACCUGCAGGUAUUGAAACAGGCAGCCCUCAGUAUCGCCCACCAUUCCCACAAUUAUCUCCUCAAAUGUCACCUAGAGCUCAGAUGUCUCCGAGACAGCAGCCGCAACCGCAGUUGUCGCCACGGCCUGUAAUGUCACCUGUAAAAGGCCCCAGUGCGUCACCGCACGGUUCCCGCAACUUAGUACAAUCACCAGUUUCUUCAGGGCCGCCUUCAUCAUCUAGUCCAUUCACCUCUCAAAAUACCCUACAAGCACUAGAGCAAAUGGUUUUACCAGCUGGCGGAGAUUAUACUUAUCAGCGCAAUCCAGCUUCUCCUGCAGUUGGUCAUGUCGUAUCGUCACCUUCCCAAUGGAAUCAAAGUAAGAUGCAAAUACCUGUAAGCAAUGUGACGCCAAUGGAGAGUAGUGAACAAACUCUUAAACCGCUUGAAACUCUAACUCCAUUGCAGUCUUUGAAAUCAGAUAUGAGUAAAAAUAUGCCAAUUCCUAAUACUGUGACUAAUACUGACACAAAAAGUACUGAUAAAAUUCAAUCGGAUGAAAAACCUAAUGAUAGUAUGCAUACAUUUACUGUACCAUUGAAUGUCAACGUUUCUAAAGAACUGACUCCAGGUAGCACUUCAAACACGACUAUGGUUUCCGGCAACUCUGUGAACCCACCAAGUGUUACAACCGACGCAUUGGAGCCGCUAGAUAAAAAAACACAAGAAAAUAAAUCCAACGAGAACAAUUUGCCUACAAUCAAUGAAGACGAUCCUGUUAAUAAAGAUUUGAACAAAACAGGAAUGAAUAUUCAACAAGAGGACAUGAAAGAGCAGGUUGUGGAGACCUCCAGGCCAGGCAACAAUGACACUUUGAUGCCUCCAAACAAACCUUUGCCUGCAACUUCUAUGUCCAAUGCAAGCACUCCUGGCGAUAAUACAUCACAAUCAAUGCACAUAAGUCAUCCACCAUCUUUAAAUACAAUAUCUAAUGUCACUAACCAGUAUGAGAAUUUACAGACAUUGAAUAUUGGUAGAAGUCAGACCUAUCAAAGUAAUAAUAUGCCAAAUGUUACUACUCCAAUACCCAAUAUGAUGCAUCAAGUUCCACAACCCAACCUCCCACCUUCCAAUUUACCCCCAUCCAGUCUUCCGCCAUCCAGCGUCGCACAGACGAAUCACCCGCCUUCUAGUCUUCCACCGUCUAGCCUCCCACUCGCAAGUCUCUCAUCUUCCACACUUCCUCCGCCUAGCUUACCUACAUCCAGUGUGCCAGCAUCUAAUAUACUGAAUGUGCCGAAUAACUUACCAAGCAACACAAAUCAUAAUGUUCCAACCACUUUUCAAAGUGGGCCAACUUCGGGCACACCUACUGCAUCGGGUAAUAUUCCAAUGCAGCAUCCAAGCAUUCCGAAUUCUGUGUCAUCGAGUGUGCCUCCUGUGCAUAAUUCUCAAGGCAAUUUGCCUGGCAUACCACCGACGAUGGGAAGCAUGCAAAACAAUAUGCAGCCACCUCAUCCGAACAUACCAAGUAAUCUGCCUGUUCCUGGCAAUAUGCCUCCAGGUAGUACACCUACUAAUAAUAUGCCUCCAGUAGGUGUACCUAUGGGAAUUCAAUCCAUGCAUCAACCCAUGGGUCCUAACCAGACUAAUAUAAUGGCGAGUAUGCCGCACAACAUGAGUCCUAACAUGAUGAUGAUGGGUCCUAAUACGAUGCCACAUCCUAAUAUGCCAAACAUUUACCCACCAUCUCACCAUCAGGAGAGGAUAUCUUUGCAACAGCAAAUACAGGAAAUAUACUGUCUACCUCCCUCUAAUGAAAAUCAAGAAAAGGUAAGAUGUCUUCAAGAAAGGUUGGCGUUGUUGCAACAGCACGAAACAACAGAUAAGUGCAAUGGAGGACCAAACUGUAUGCUUCAGAAUCCUGUAUAUGGAACAAAAAUGGUAGAAUCUCCUCAAGUCACUAGCACUACAGGAAGAGGCCGUGGAAAAGGACCGCCUAAACCGAGAAAACCUAGAGCUAAGAAAGAAAAGGUAGUUCCCGCUGCCCAACCUUUGGAUCAAUUACCAGUUUCUGAAGAUUGCGUUACAGCUGGGACUGGUUUACUAAAUAAUUCGGAAAUUGAUCUUGAAACGAGUGGAGAUAUUACCAACUUAGACAGCAGUGCACUUUCAAUGGAAGAACUAGGAGAAAAAGUGAAGAAACCGAGAGGACCACGUAAAACUAAAGAAAGAAAACCAAGGACACCAAAAGAACCUAAAGUUCCCAAAGAUGGGGUUGCUAAACCCGUACGAGAACGUAAAAAACGUGAACCUCGGGAUCCCAAUGCACCAAAAAGAAAAAGAAACUCGAAGAAGGAUGUAUCUGAAGUCGUAGCUGAUACAACUUCUUGUUAUGAUUUUAUAGACAAAGAAGAUGGUGACAGUAAAUCACAAGAUCAAAUUUCUCUUAAUAAGAGUACUGUCAGCACAGAUUCUACAAAAAAUACUUCCGAAUUGGCAACUCUUGAUGAUUCUACUGUUACGGAUUUCGAUGAUAUUCCUGUUUCAAAAAUAGCUAUUAAGGAUUUGCUUGAAGAAGCAGAAGCAAAACGAGAGUUGGAUGAUGAUGACACGGAUUCCCAGACUCAAAAGCGGAGGUCGAAGAAGAGAUCUUCAACUGGUGGUAGUAGUAGUAAAAAGUUAAGUGGGAAAAAGACACCGGGCGGAAAAAGGAAAAAACGAGGUGGUAUUGUUCCCGAUUCUGACGGAGAACCUGACGAUAUGAUGUCCACUCCCCCACCAUCUCCUCCCGUAGAAGGCGACGACAGUUUGAAACGUCGUUCUGCUCGAAAUACACAAAGGAAAAAAUAUACUGAUGAUGUAAUGUUGCGCCUGUCGGACGAUGAAUUCACACCAGCAGCUCCAAAACACGAUAAGGAAUUUAAAUCUGAUGAUUUUGGUUUAGACACUAAAGACAAUAACCGUCCAGAUGGGCUGCCUAAGCCGAACUAUGUGUAUGUUAAUACUACAGAAGAAGAUGCAAUGAUAGUUCACCAUGUAUUGGCUAGCAGAAUGGGUAAACGAGAAAUGAAACCAGAACCACCGAUUGUUGAGCCUCAGCCAACAUCUGAGGAAACUUUGCCAGAGGGAAACAAAGAAGAUUCAUAUGAAUCGAAGCCUCCUGUUGAUAGUGAAACUAAAGAAGAAAUUUCGACACAAGAGAAUGUCGAGACAAAAGAUAAUGAUAAAGAUAUUAAAAUUGAAAUCCAAGAGAGCGAAGAUUCGUCUAAUGUAGAAAAGACACAGAAAAGAAAAGAAGAAGAAAAAUCAAACGUAAGCGCUCCUACCGAAAAGAAAGACGUUGAUAACGAAAACUCAGAUAAGAACAAAAAGCCAAUUAUGGUGGACGUCGAGGAAUAUUACGUCAAAUAUAGAAAUUUCUCAUACUUGCAUUGUGAAUGGAAAACUGAAGAAGAACUUUACAAAGGUGAUAAAAGAAUUUUCUCCAAGAUCAAAAGGUUCAAGCAAAAACAGGCUCAACAAAUGAAUAUUUUCGAGCUUUUAGAUGAGGAGCCAUUUAAUCCAGAUUACAUCGAAGUAGAAAGAAUCUUGGAUAUGUCUGAGAAUCAAGAUCCUGCAAACAACACUGUCGUUAAACAUUAUUUAGUGAAGUGGAAAAGCUUACAAUAUGAAGAUAGCACAUGGGAGUUGGAAGAAGAUAUUGAUGUAGAUAAAAUUAAACAAUUUAAGAUCUUCGGUGAAAUUCCUCCAAAAGAGAAAUGGAAAUAUAAGAAAAGACCUUCUGCGGAUCAUUGGGUUCAACUAAAAGAAUCUCCUCUUUACAAAGGAGGAAAUACGUUGAGACCUUACCAACUAGAAGGAUUGAACUGGUUGCUAUUUUCGUGGCACAAUAAUCGUAACUGCAUAUUAGCAGACGAAAUGGGACUUGGAAAAACUAUUCAAAGCUUAACAUUUGUAAAUGCUGUUUGGGAAUAUGGCAUACGAGGUCCUUUCCUUAUAAUAGCGCCUUUGUCGACUAUUCCAAAUUGGCAAAGAGAAUUUGAGGCAUGGACAGAUAUGAAUGUGGUAGUAUACCAUGGAUCCCAACAAAGUAAAAGUAUGCUACAAGAGUACGAAUUUUACUACAAAAAUGAAAAAGGAGAGCCUAUAAAGGAAAUCACAAAAUUCAAUGUCCUCAUAACAACAUUUGAAAUAAUUGUUACAGAUUUCCAAGAACUUAAAUCAUUCAAUUGGAGAGUAUGCGUUAUAGACGAAGCUCACAGAUUGAAAAAUCGCAAUUGUAAACUACUAGAAGGAUUGAGGCAAUUACACUUAGAGCAUCGGGUUUUACUGUCAGGUACCCCAUUGCAAAACAAUGUAAAUGAAUUGUUUUCGCUGCUCAAUUUUCUGGAACCAUCGCAGUUUGCAAGCAGUGAUGCCUUUUUGAACGAAUUCGGAGCGUUAAAAACGGAAUCGGAAGUAGUGAAACUCCAGGCGUUGCUAAAGCCAAUGAUGUUGAGAAGGUUAAAAGAAGACGUAGAAAAGACUUUGGCGCCCAAAGAGGAAACUAUAAUAGAAGUAGAAUUGACUAAUAUACAGAAAAAGUAUUACAGGGCGAUAUUAGAAAGAAAUUUCAGUUUCUUAAUGAAAGGAACAGCAUCUGCUGCAAAUAUACCUAACUUAAUGAACACUAUGAUGGAAUUACGAAAGUGCUGUAUUCAUCCUUACCUACUUAAUGGAGCAGAAGAUCAAAUACAAUUUGAUUAUAAACAAGCACAUGGAGAAGACAAGGCAGCUUACUAUAAAGCUUUAAUUCAAUCUUCUGGUAAAAUGGUAUUAGUCGACAAAUUACUACCGAAACUGAAAGCUGGUGGUCAUCGAGUUUUAAUAUUCAGUCAAAUGGUGAGAUGUUUGGACAUUUUGGAGGACUAUCUUGUAUUUCGAAAAUAUCCUUAUGAAAGGAUCGAUGGACGUAUAAGAGGCAAUUUGAGGCAAGAAGCCAUUGACAGGUUUUCGAAACCAGAUUCAGAUAAAUUUGUGUUUCUUCUUUGCACAAAGGCUGGAGGUCUGGGUAUCAAUUUAACAGCAGCCGACACUGUCAUAAUUUAUGAUAGUGACUGGAAUCCUCAAAAUGACUUACAAGCUCAGGCCCGAUGCCACCGCAUUGGUCAACAGAAGAUGGUGAAAAUAUAUCGAUUGAUAUGUCGCAAUACAUAUGAGAGAGAAAUGUUUGACAAAGCGUCACUGAAACUUGGCUUGGACAAAGCAAUUUUGCAAAGUAUGAAUACAGCUCAAGGAGGCAAAGAAACGGGUUUAAAACAACUAUCGAAGAAAGAAAUUGAAGACUUGUUAAAAAAAGGCGCGUAUGGAGCCGUCAUGGACGAAGAUAACGCAGGCGACAAAUUCUGCGAAGAAGACAUUGAAAUGAUAUUGGCUCGAAGAACACAAGUCAUUCAAAUGGAAUCUGAAAAAGGUUCUACGUUUUCGAAAGCCAGUUUUGCCGCAGCCGAUCAAAGAUCUGAUAUUGAUAUACGAGAUCCUGAUUUCUGGAACAAGUGGGCAAAAAAGGCUGAAAUUGAUACAACUGAAAAGAAAGAGGAUGAAGAUUUGAUUGUAACGGAGCCUAGAAAACGUACUGUUAUUAAACGAUAUGGCCAUGACGAUGGCCCGAUGGAAAUGUCAGACAUGGAAGCAACUCCCGAUUCUGACGAGGAUGAAGAGGGUAUAAGCUUGAGAAGCAAGAAGAAAAAGGAUAAAUUCGGCCGCAAAGGCAGACGAUACGCAAGUGACGACUACAUACCACGCCAUGAAGGUGUUCCGAUAGACGAGGAAGUUGUAUAUGGGUCUUGGACUAGAUCGGAGUGCUUCAAAAUCGAGAGGGGGCUGCUUACUUUCGGAUGGGCACGAUGGGACGAAAUUGUUGAUAAAAACCAGUUUAGGAAAGGAUGGACGCAACCAGUUAUUGAAGAUUGCGCGAGGAUAAUUGUAUUAUAUUGUCUACGUCACUACAAAGGCGAUGAGAAAAUAAGAAAUUUCAUUUGGGACUUAAUUGAGCCCUGUGAAAAUGGAGAAGUUACAAUAUCAAGAAAUCAUAGCGGAUUGCAUAAUCCCGUUCCUCGAGGACGAAAUGCUAAGAAGAAAAAUAGACCAAAAGAUGUGCCCAAACCUCAUGACAUCCCUAGGUGGGAGGACACAAACCAUUGGAGCUCUAAUGAGAAGUAUGACUGUGAAGCUUAUCUGGAAAGCAGUUACAAAAAACAUUUGUUCCGACAUGCUAACAAGGUUUUAUUACGAGUAAGAAUGAUGUACUACAUCAAACAUGAAGUUAUUGGCGACUAUGCAACACAAAUUGAAAAUGGCACUCAUGCAAGCUCUUUAGGCAUGCGAGUCCCUCGCGGGGUGGACAGCGCUCCGCCGCGAAUAUGGUGGGACACAGAGUGCGACGUCUCGCUUCUGGUGGGCACUUACAUUCAUGGCUAUGAAAAUUACCUGGACAUGCGCUCAGAUCCCAAACUUUGUUUUGUAGACAAAUUGGGUCCCCCUGAUGACGCUGAAUGUACUGAUAUCAAGAGUGAGGAAAGAAAAGUGCGAGGUAGUGGCGUCGGAGACGAAGACUGCACAGAUGACGUAUCAAGUGGUGCGGGCGCAACGUCGCCAGCCGCCUCCCCCAGACCAGAUGACGAUGGCACACAGAGCGGCGGUGGCGGCGUGUGGCCGUCUAUGCAAGAUCUUAACACUCGGCUACGAAGACUUAUUACUGCAUACCAACGGAAUUAUAAGCGCGAGGAAUUGAAGUUGCAGCAACGGGCUAAGAUGGAACGACGAGAGCGUAUGGAGCAGCUCGCAAGGGAUGAAGUAUCUCAAUGGCGAUGGACACGCGCGGACGAAGAAGCUUUUCGUCGAACCGUCGCUUCCUACGGUGUGGAAUUCGAUCCUGCGACUAAAAGUCUACGAUGGAGUCGAUUCAGAACGCUGGCUCGUCUGGACUCCAAGAGCGACGACGCUCUUACAGACUACUUGAAGGCGUUUAUGGCGAUGUGCAAGCGCCAGUGCGGCCUUUCUGUCGGAGAGGCCGAGCUGCCAACUAGGGCUGAUUUGAAAGCCGAACCCAUUGGUGAAGAAAGGGCGAUAGCUACACUAGAGAGAAUUGAUUUGCUGCGAGUGUUGCGUGAGGAGGUGGCACCGCACCCAGCGCUGGAUGCACGUCUGGCGCUAUGCGAGCGCUCGCCCGACGCACCGCCCUGGUGGCAGCCCUCGCGCCACGACAAGCUGCUCGUGCUCGGCGUCUGCAAACAUGGAUUAGGAGAUACGUACAAUAAACUGUUUUGUGACCCUAAGCUUCCCUUCGCGGACUGCGCUCGGAAGUGGUAUGCGACGCAUAAGGGCAGUAGCAGUGCUGCGAAGACGACCGCGGCGUCGUCAACGACAACGUCGGAGUCGCAGAAAUUAUCCUCCGAUGAGGAAGACAGGUCCAUUCAUGAGACAAAAAUGUCGUUGCGACGCAGCAAGCGCACCAACCCCGAGCGCGACGACGAUGACACGGACGCACUUUCAGAAUUGGAAACACUCGCUAAACUGGGGAGGAUCGAGGAAUCUCUGUCGCCAGAGUAUUGGUUUUCCGAGCGGGCACUCGAGACCCGACUCCAUCACAUCGCGCACGCCGUACAGACAUCCGAGUGGCCGGCCGCGUCCGCCACGGCGAAGGAGGUUGCGCGUGGAGCGCACUCCGACGCACACGACGCGAAGCACGCGCAGAAGCGGCACAUUGCUAUUGAUGUGGAGACGGAACGUGCCAAGCUGCACGCGCUGCUGUCGUCACCGGCGGCGGCCCACUCUUCUGGCCGCGAUCCGCUGCGCGACGACGCGUCGAGCGAUUCGGGCUCGCGCCGCUCCACGCCUGCGCCACCGCCUGCACAUCAACGCGUAGCGCCCUCUCCCGCGCCUGCGCCGUCACCCGCAGCGGCGACGCCUGUUGACCUCUCUGCGCCGCUCGACCUUAGCGAGGUGCAAGACUUCUCUAUGGGUCGGCGCACGCCUGUUGCCGCCGACACCGUCUCUUCGGCUGCCACGCCACCAAGAAGCAGACUGGACGACACGCUGUCGAGGCUCAUGAAGAGAAAGAACGUGCCUGCACCUGAACAAAUUGUAGGAAAAGAGAAGAAAAGGAAAAAAUUGGACGAAAUAGUUCUGGGUCUGUCAGCUGCUAAAGCUAGUGGCCCGAGCGCAAGCCCGACGGAGCCGGUGCGCAGCCGCACCGCUUCAAUUCUGCCUGAUGUAACGGUCACACCGGCCGCCCUCUCCUCGUCCGCACAGGCUCCAUCAACCCAAAAGCCGUUUUCUGUCACACUCACUAACGUGCCGUCCCCGCAAACGUCUAAAGAAUCGUUUCUGCAGCAAUCACUAGAGCAGAGUGUGAAAAGCCAAAAAACUCCUACUGUACCUUCUGCGAUACCCGGAAAAUCCUACUCACAUGAGGCUAAGGUAAACAAAUGGCUAGCGGAACAAGCGGCAAGCGUAGAUACGCGCCGUCGAAGUCUCGCACCGGUUCUUGCUCCUGACGAACGUGUACCCGUAGUGCAUCGUGUCACUGGCAAACGCAUUACAGGACACAAAGCGCCGCAAUUAAAACAUCUGGCGCAAUGGAUAGCGGAAAAUCCUAUGUACGAUAUUGACACCAAAUGGACGGAAAGUAUAAAAGAGCUUGUAAAGUUACCUCAGGAUGUCAGAAGCCAGCGACAUUCUCCAAUGCAAUCCACUAGUACAAUGGGAGAACGUAAGAAAGGACGCCCGCCGUCUCUAGACGCGGCGUCUGCAAACGUGCUGUCGUCUAGCUCCCAUUUGAACCAAAACUUGGCAGGACUAAAUCCUGCUCUUCUGGCAAGCUUGUCAAGCUUAAAUGCAUUUGACACGAAGACGCUGGCUGCAACCUUGUCAAAUUUUGGAUUUGAUCAAAAGUUGUUGAACACUUUCGACCCGAAAUUACUCUCGAGCUUAGGUAGUUUCGAUCCUAAGAAUAAUCCAUUACUGAGUUCCUUUGCUAGUAUGCCCAAUUUACUAGGAAACAUGACUGGAGGAAACUUAUUUGCAAAUUUAGCUGGUUUAGGUCUUCCUGGAUUUUCUUCGCUCGACAUGAACGCACUCAGUGGCGCAGGCACUUCGACAGCAGAUAGCAAAUCCAAAUCUAGAAAACCUACUGAUCCGGGAAGUUCAGCGAGUUCAAAAUCCACCAAUUCACAAUUUCCAUUUGUUUUUUCUAAUCCAAACAUGCUUUACCCGCAGUUAGGCUUGAGUGGACUAAAUCCAUUUGGUAUGCAUACUGGGAUGUCGUCGGCAUAUGAUGCGCUAGGACUUCUGAGCAAUAAUUUGGCCGCAAGUUCUAGUGCGACUAGCUUACACAGUUCCAGUCAUAGUUCAAGCCGCACUAGUACGAAGACUACCACUCCGCGUUCAUCAACUGUGGUUACUAAUUCCGCAACUUCUCGUCAACAGAAAGUUUCUGACCGACAACAAACGAGUCAGUUGCCGCAAAUAUUAUUACCACCCGAUCCAUACUUGCUAGAAUCUCUUUCUAAGCAAUCUUUGAACUACGAUGCUUUACUUCGUGCUGAUAAAAAGAGUCGUGAAAGUGAGGGUCACGAAGCUACAGCAACUGAUUUGUCAAAGGUGGAUAAAAAGAAACAACAAUAUGACGCACUAAGAACUCAUGUUCCACCAGAAUUUGCGGCGGUGCAAGAGAAAUUAUUGAAAGGGGACAAAAAAGACAUAGACAUAAGUAAAAUGUUGUUAGAACAAAUGGCAUCUGGCGCCCUUAGCGCUAGUCUAGUUAGCUCUGCUGAAGCUAAAAGAGCUAAAGACAUUGAUAAGGACUCUUUUGACAAAUUGAAUAAGCCCUCUUCUGAGUACGUAACAAGAACGUUGUCAACAGAUGAUGGCGCAGCUGCCAUCUCACUGACUCACAAACGAACACAUGAUGAAAUGGCUAUUGAACCCGAAAAUUUAGCAUUGCAAUCGACAGACCUGAAUUCAGCAAAGAAGGUUAAAGAGACUCCGUUGUCUGAAGGUAUUUCGAAUCUAGAAAAACGAUCUGAUCAUGCCACACAUACAGGUGAGAUGGACCUUGAAGAUUUAAUUGCGCCAUCAACGGUAAUAAAGACGGGGAUGAAAACUAGUGACUUUGAAAAUAAUGUACCUAAAAUUACUUCGAAUGAUAACACAUCAUCUCAAGUGAAUUUGGAAAGAGAUGAGAAAGUACAAGCCCUAAAUCCUUUUGACGAUUCUAAUGUGCCUAGUGUCAAUGACAAUGGACAAAAUAUUGACAUUGCAGGCAACAAGGUGGAUGGUGACAACAACGGCAAUGGCCCCCUUCACGACGAAGGUCAUUCAAAUGAUACAGGAAGGAGGGGAAAUAGAAAAAAGGGUCGUAAGUCCUCUGAAGAAUCUAUUCCUCCUGGCCCACGCCGUGAGCUGAGGUCUAGCUCUGGGCGACAAUCGACUGAGACACAACACUAAUAAUAUUAAAAAUAGACAUGGAUUGAAAAUUUUGUUUUGAAUGGCAAAUUUUUUCCAAUGUAAUAAUACUCUAGCCCAAAAAGAACUAACACUCCGAAAAUAACACAAAGUAUAGAUGGAUAAAGAAUGAAAUUGAUUGAUAGGUUUUAAUGAAAGUGAUAAUAUAAUGAAAUGAGGAACGAAGUGAGGAAUGUUUUUUUCAAUCGACAUUUAUCGUAGGGGUUAGAUUUAGUCAUAAGUUAUUAUUCUUGUUAAAAAAAUAGCUGUGUAUAAUAAUAAGACUGGAUACUCCACGUACGAAUGAUUUGUAACUUUAUUUUCCGGAAACAAGAUUUGAUGAUAAUGUAGAUAACGUGUAAGCAAAAAGUAUUCUGCGUAUACAUCCCACAUGCGAAAUUUAGCAGAAUUGUUACUAUCCUAGUAACGUUUUAAUCAAUGUCAAAAAUCAACAAAAGGGUAUAUUUAUCGGAUAGUUUAUUGUUAAAUUCUUUCAUUGUAAUCGCUGUCUUUAGAAAAUCACUGAUAAGUGCUAAUCAUGUGUUGAUGUUAAAUAAUGAGAUCUCUUGAUAAAUUCAUAACGUAAUUUUUAGCUUAAUCUCAAUCACUUAAGUCUGUUUUCUGUUAUUAUGAUGCCCUGUAAUGUUUAGAUUAAGUUAGUUCUGGAUGACCGAAAAGUAUAGAAUGUAACAAAAUACCCUGUAAGAACCCUUCAUCAUAUAGCACAAAGUUUUGUUUGCCAAGUGCAGUACCUAUUCUUUUGCUAAAUUCAAUCAUCCAGUUGUAUUCCCAGUUUAUAUGUUAAUUUUGAUCAAAGUCAUCAGUUUUGUUCUUUAUAGGGGACAAUUAAUUAUUUAGCAAAAUUACAAAUGGUUGGGUUAUUUGUUCUUGUUACAUGCUGUGUAAUGUGAAAUCCCGAUUUUUUAUGCUAGCGUGUUUACACUCAUUUUUUACUGGAAAAUAUUGUUCUUCGUGGCGACUCUUUGAGAACUGUUUAUUUUAUAUUUUGUAGUGUAGACAAGUAAGUGAAACACUGAAUGUGAUGAAAUUUAUUUAUUACAUGUAUUCUUUAUUAUUUUGCAUUGCUAUAUUGAUGAAUUGUAUUAUAGAUAAUUAUGUGACAAAUCGUAAAUAAAUACGAAACUAACA